UUUUUAUUAAACGUGCACUACAAAAGGGUAUCAAGGUUGGUGACCGCUUACCRGACAAUGGCAAGUCACCAUUACUUGAACAGAAGUCYAAACCAAAAGAUUGUAUUGAUGACAUGUUUGAAAGAUUUGCUGCUAAAAAUGGUAUCAGGAUUGGAUCUUUAACACAGCAAAGUGCAACACCAGAUAUUKCAAAUACAGCUCAUGAUUAUGAUGUUAUAGCAACUACAAGUMCACUUCAUUGUGAUACAAUUGUUCAUCACAAAGUUGUUGAUUCAUACUGUAGACAACUACAAGGKGAAGUCAGGCAUGGAGGUGUAAGCCCUUUUAAWUCCAACACAAGUCAACCAAUGCCAUUAUUGUCUUACAAUACGCCAUUGCAAGUUGAAAUCAGGCAUGACAUUGUAAGCCCUAUUAAUUCCAACACAACCAAACCUAGGGCAUUAAAUUUUGAAGAACUGGCAAGAAGAAAUGGCAUUAUAGUUGGUCUAACAACGACAGAUGUCCAUUGCCAAACUGACAAGAGUUGCACAAUCUCAAGACAAUCMCAAACUGUUAAUGUUGUUAAGGUGCAAAGUACAUCUGUGCAAGUAGAUGUUGACUCGGACGCAUUUAAGGUUGAAUUCAACGAAUGGAUGCAAGAUGAGCUCAAUUUAGUUGAYSCAYCAGCAGSUUCAUUCAGAGAACUCUAUUGCAACGAAAUGAGUGCACGUACAGAAGCAGAAAAACGACUUGCUGUUGAGAUGGAUGAAAAUGUUAAAUCACAGAGAAACAUGAAGAUGCUUAUAGAUGAAAUGAAGCAACAGUUGCUUGAYAAGGAUAACACCAUUGAGAAAUUGACCAAAGACCUGAAGAGUACAAAGAAACAAAAGGACAAUGAGAUCAAGAGGCUCACCAARGAUAUCAAGCAAAAGGAAGAAGAUAUUUCUGAACUAAAGCAUGCAAAUCAGUUACAGGAGAUUGCCAUAGAUGGUAUUAAUGAUAUAUCUAAAGAUCAGGCUGUAAGGAUACAGGAAUUAGAAAGCAAAUUAAAAGAARUGGAAGAUGCCAUGGAAAAAGAAAUAAAGAAAAAUAGGGCAUAUACUCUAGAACCCAAAAAUGUGGUUCGACCACAAGAGCCUGAGUGGCAGAUCGUUAAAGGUAGAAGUUCAAAGAAUAAAAAAGGUGUAAGAUUACCUCAYCUAUUAGACAGUCUUUCUUGUUUUGAUGAAGAUAAUUUUAACUCAAACAAUGGCAGCAGUUGUUCAGCUGAAAGUGUACAUAAUGGUUCUGAGAGUGGAGAAAGCCAUCAAGGAACURCUGCAAGAACACUCAGUCAAGGAUCAGAUGAUUACAAGAGUUUCAAGYCAUUAAAUAAAACUGGCGAAGACAACAAUGGAACUGCAGCUCCAGGRUUUCCUAACUACAAUACUGCUGGAGUUUUGUCUUCUGUUGAUACAGGGAACAGGUUUUGUCAACUAGAUGAACCUAUGCUACCGGCUUUUAGUAAUCCCAGUGUUGCUUUACCUUCAAGUUCAACAGCAGCUAUAAGCAUAAGUGGAAAUGUCCUUCCAACUGGUCCUCCACCAGGAACAGCUCCAUUGCAGUCCUUCACUACUUGCAUUACUACAGGAAACAUGCCAUUUGAAAGCUCUUUGCAUUUCCUUAUCAAUAGUAUACCCAGUCAGUUACAUCCAAUUGUUACCAAUGCAAACCAGUAUACCAUGGGUCCAGUACCUACAAGCAUGCCUCCUACCAAGAAAAUCACUACCAAAACAGUCAGCAAAUCAGCCAAUAAAUUCUCAUCCUUUGAUACUUUAAUGGGAGCACUGAGAGACAGGUUUCCUGAUUUUAGCAGGCCACARCUGAUGGUUUAUCUCAAGAAAGCUAAAGAUUUAUGCGGAACCAAUGGUUUCAAAAGCAAAGAAAUUUCAGAGAUCGUAUCAAAGGUUGCAGAAGUCAUUGAGUCUGAGACAUUUUGAUUAUUUUAAAUUCAGAUUAUCCAGUUCAUUACAAUGCAUCACUUGUCAUGUCAAGGGAGCCAUCCAACGUAGAGUACCAAAGAGAUAAAGUAACAAAACAAAAACUUUUUUUCGAGUUUUUAAAAUUGUUCUCCAUAUUUUGA